UAGGAAAAUGUCUCAUUUGCCUUUGGAUGCACGCGCCAUUUUAGACUAUUUAAAUGAAUUGGGUUAUAGAAACAUAUCUGCCGAACAGCUCAAGGAAUUCAUGAAAGUUAAUCUGCACCUGAAGGUAUGCAAUCACAAUCGGAAAUUUACAAAAGCAAACUCAAAGAAAAAAUUAGCAACAGUCGACUUCGGCAGCAGCAGCAGCAACAGCAACAACAACAACAGCAACAGCCUCAGCAACAAUUGCAAAGACUUGAGCCACAACAACAACAACAACAACAACAGCAGCAUCAGCAAAAGCAGUCACAAGUACGUUCAACCACAAGUGCAAGUACAAAAUCAACAGCAGCAGAAGGUACUGAAGCAGCCGUUGUCGGUGUCGGCAAAUCUACGCCCUUGCCGCAACGUCGCGCUACUGUCAAAGUAAUUAAAUGUAAAAAACCUUUGUGCCAUUUCAAAUUCUAUUUGGACAUUUGCGAUCAUCAGCUAACCAAGCGCAUUGAGGAGCAAAUUCGUACACUUGGCGGUACGUUGGAAUUCUUUCUUACAUGGAAUGUUACACAUUUCAUUACCGAUAAGCCGAUUCUGCCGCCGAUUGCUGGUAACAACAACAACAAUAGCAGUAAUAACAAUAAUUCAUUAAGUAGUCGGCCAGGUACACCACAGACACCAGGUACACCAAAUACACCACAAACACCAUACUCCAUCGACGCGCAGGAUGGUAAAAAUAAUGCCAGUGGCGAUAAUACAACUCCAACAUCUGGAACAAUUAAAAAAACCAAUACACGCCAAACACGUGCCAAUGCAAUACUAAAUCGCGUAAGACGCGCCAGCACAACCACCAACAACACUCUCAAUGUUAAUGCAGUCAGCGUCAAUGAGCGGACAAAUUCUCCAGCAACAGCAUCAGUAAGCAACCAAUCCAAGGACGUUGCUCUACCAUCAUCGAUCAUUCUAACACAGUACCCUUAUAUUGUUUGGCAAACGGAAUACGCCUUACACUUCUUCAAGAAGGUGCAGCACGAAUUGAAGGACUACUUGGGGGCAAAUUCACGUCACGAUCAGCACAAACUAUUGAGUAAGGGUCGGAGCGCUGCCGAGCCCAUAGACUUGAAAGGUGGCGGAUAUCUCAAAAUUGAAGCGGUCAAACACAAUUACCGACCUUAUUAUCAACUCUUUCGAAAAUCAUCUGGCUCUGAGUGGCCCAAAAUCGAACUAACACGUGAGGACGGCGCUUUUCGUUUGAUACCGAAAAAGAAAAUCAUACCGAAUACAGUAGAUUCAAUUGUAGAAGCACAGGAGAAAGCUAAGACAAGCAGAGUUAACGAAGAACAGAAAAUGACGCGUAAAUCCCGUUCGAGGUCAUCACAACAUCAGCGGCCACUACACGCCGCCGUUCAAUCAUUAAAGAAGGGUGCGGGUGGUGGUGCUACCGGCUCAGCUGCGACAAAUAAAAGUAGUCAGCGAAAUUCACAAGCUGGCGUCAUAGCUGGGGGUGUGGCGGCAACUGCCUGCAAGCAAGUGAAAGAAUCUAGCGAUAAACAAUGUGGCGUAUGCGAGAUUUGUAAAAUCGAGUAUGAUACGCUUACCAUUCAUCUGAAGACGAAAGAUCACGAGUACUUUGCCAAGAAUUCGCAGAACUUUAUAGCCUUAGACUCGCUAAUACACACUUCGGCAGAUGUAAACAAGUUCCUGAACGAGGAUAAAAAAGUAGAUUUGGAAGAGAUGGAGGUUGAAAACAUUGAAGUAAUAGCUGAUGCGAACGAAGCUGAUCCGUUGGAAGGUUCGGAACCAUUGAUGGCAAUGCCAUUGUUGGAGCUGUCCGAUGAUAAACGUCGACUUGGAGGCGUUCAGCAGCAGACACCAUCGCCAACAUUACGCGAAAAAUCGAAACGCACCACCAAAGGCAAGCAUUCUUCAGAGAAAUUUCAAAACAUACGCCUUUCAAAGUCACCAAAGGCUACAGCAACAACAGUCAAGUCACAAACAAGUCCGCUGAAGCAACAAGUACCACUGGCCACAGCAACGUCCAGCAUGUUGGAGCUCCAACGCAUUGAAACGAAUGCAAACGUGUCACAACAACUUUCUUUGCCAAACGUUACGACGGCAGUGACAACACGCCGAAAACCCGCUUCGGCGACGACAGUGUCACCACCUAUACGCGCUAUGCUCCCACCGUCAUCGUUAUACAAAGUAGUCGGUACGCCGGAAGCAAUAUGUUCGCCAACACGCAAGACGCGAGGUGACCUACUCGCAGCCGGUGAUCAAGCUGUGGGAGCGUCACCUUCCCUUAUUGUGAAGUUCAAGAAAGUGCGUGCUGCAGAACUGGACCGCUUAAAUGGUGAAGCCGAAAAUUUCAUGUUCCCCAAACAGCGCACCUCCAGUGAGCUGCCCACCGAUAUUGACAGGCACACCACGUCCGACAAUGCACGUGCAAAUUUCUCAUCCGCAAGUCUAGAUAGCAUCAGCGACGAUAGACCAAUGGAAGUAGAGUUAGUCGAAGCAUCAGAGCAUAGUGAAAAGUCAACGAGAGAAAAGAAGAUGGGCAAACGCGCCAUCGCGAAUGCAAAGCGGCGAAAGAGUCAAUCGGCGACUGGUACAAAGCAGCGCUUUCCAAUCGCCCCCAUCCAGCCAGAGUUACAACUGAAGGACAAGCAAAGUCUUCACAAGUCUGUGUCUGCGAAGUCGGCAGAAGUGUCAACAGUAGGCAAAAAGGUCAAUGAGACAACAAAAAAACCUGCAAUUUCGGCGGCGGCAGCUAAAGCGAACGCCGCUGCAGCUGUACUGGCCGCUAUUACAUUGCCAGAGGCGACACGCAAAAGCAGUCGCACCGCUACCGCCAUUGUGACGGCGGCAACCACAAGUAGUCGUCUACUUCGUGCGGCCGUGGAGGCAGCGAAACACAAUUAUAGGCAAAUGGCAGCGGCCAACGACUUGGUAAGUAACGGACGCAAGAAGACUAGCGCCAAUGAAGCGGCGACAAAGUCCUUGCCUGAAGCGACCGUAACGAAAACACGUGGAACAGUUGUAAAAAUGGAGGAUCGGAUGGGGGAUGCUGAAAGCAUGAACAAUGAUAAACAAGAGGAAGAAAGUGAAGAUGAUGCGGAAAGUACGAGUAGUAGUAGUGGCUCAGAAAAUGAGGAUGAGAAGAAUGAAGAUGAUGGCAAAGCGGUAAGAAGUCGUUAUUUCAUAGAUGACGUGGACGACGAUGAGGAUGAUGAUGAUGACGAAGAUAUUGAUGAUGAUGAUGAAAACGAUGAGGACUAUGUACAUUGCAAAAGUAGACGCAGGAAAACUAUAAGCUAUGACACACCACCCACCAUGUGGCAGAGUAGUUGCGGCAGUGCAAAGUCACGAAUGCAGCGGGCGUUACAGCGCGAAGAACAAAAAUCCAAACAACUGAUAUUACCCCCUACAGAGAACGAGAGCGGUCGCGGUCGAGGGGGUAAGCGAAAAAAGAGCAGCGAUGAGCAAAUAAAAUCGAAAGCACUGAAUGUUGCGGCAGUAAGUAAGAAUGUCAAAAAUGUGUCCACUGAAAGCUUGUCGCGUACGCCGUCACCUUUGAAACAGAAAUCCACCACAGCGAAUUUCGAUUAUGCGAAUAGCGAACGCCUAAAUCAAAUGCGUUAUUCCUUUGAACGCGUACCUGUAGGAGAUAUUUGGCAUAGAGUGUUCACGCGGCAAGAUAACUGCGCCGAACGUUAUUUCGAAUAUUAUGGAUCGACGAAUUACCGUAAGUUGCCCUAUGAGCUCGGUCCGAUACCAUUCGCACAUACGCUGGAUUCAAAUACUUGUUGCAAACUCUGCGAGAAGCAAAGAACUACUAGCUUUCCCUCGAAAUCAGCGGCAAAAGCCUUUUUAAAUUCGGAUAAAGUCAAAGUAAAAUCCGAGCCCAUCGAAGAAUCUGAAGGUGGUGCCACUAAAUCGCGAGAUUCAAGUAGUUGUAAUUCGAAUGACGUUGCAAAAGCAACCAACGCGUAUGCAAUGGGCAAUGCAGUGAAUGUACAGUCCGAACCAUGUGCAACGCAGUACAAGCAUAAACAUAAAAAAUUGCAGAUUUUGCAACGUUAUCAACAGGAGCAGCAGGAAUUACAAAAGCGCCAGGCCGAACAGGCUGCUGCGCACCUACACAAUAGUUCUAAUCAAUUGCAAUGUGAUACCAAAGCGAGCAUACCAGUUCAAGAGCGUGCAAGGGAUCGCCAACGCGCCGGCUCAACUCACAGUACAACGAGUAGUACGAGUUGUGCGAGCAGCACGGCCACCACCAAGACCAGCAAAAAUAGGUACCUCAACAAACAUUUGAACAAAGCUGCGGCAGCAUUUUUGAAUUUAGAACUGCCACCUAGAAAGUCGCCGCGAGAGCAUGCAUCCACCUUGGCAUUGGUUAGUUGUAUUAUAAAGCAAAGGCAAGAUUCACAGAGUAAACCGAACUCAGAGACUGAUGAGCCGUCCACGACACCUACGCCAAUGUCAGUUGCUGAAACAGCUGUGAAGUCCAACGGGACAGAGCUCACUUCAGUUGUGAAUCCGGCGGCUGCGUCGAAGGCACAAAGGGGAACUGCGGCAGGUUUAUCCGCAGACUUAAGUUGCAGUGCAAAAGCAUCACCAAUCGCAGCCGAUUUGCCAGUUUUACGGUCGCCGCGGCAUACUCGUUCAGCCGCCGUUACCCCCGUGGAAGAACUACGUUUCACUACUGAGAUAUCAGAGAAUGUAAAACGUAUGCGCCGCGGCCAAAACAAAUACGAUCACUCGCCGCCCGUGGCCCUCAGUCAAACUAGAAAGAGUGGACGCGGUGGACGUCAGCCAAUAAGCUCGCCGAUGGGCCGGCCGCGUGGCUCCUAUAGUGGCAUACAAAAAUUUCUGCACUCCACGGGUCGCAGCUCGAGCAGAAUGAGUCAAACGCCCAAUUCACUGAUUGCAGCGGCGGUAACGACUGGUAAACGACACCGGCGUGGAUUCGCUGCGCGGCGACACAACUCGUACAGUGGUCUACUCGCGCAAGGAUCUGCAAUACCAUCAAUACGCAAGACUGGUUCUAAGAAGGGUGUUUUAGAGUUUGAAGUUGAUGCGAACGCGUUAAAAGCUUUGGACACCGCGACGAAAUACAAAAACGUGCAUCAAUUGGAGUGGCAGAUAGAUAAAUAUCUACAAUGCCAUGCCAGUGAAUAUGAUUUAGAAGAAGAUUUCCCAAUAGGUAUUCUCGAGGAUAAUGACACGAUGCCUCUGCCAGCGAUGAACCCUGCCUCAAAAAAGAACGGUACAACAAUUGGAUCGUCUUCAGCGUCAACGAGUAAUGCCGGUUCCCGACGAAUAGACUCAGCGAAUGCCGGUGCCCGACGCAAUGCAGCUGCGCCCUUUGACACGAAUACACCCCCACCCACCGAUUGCUUCUCCAGCGACUUCGAUCUGUACGACUUGUUUACCAAUGCAACUUGCGGCAGUGGAACUGAUGAUGACCAAGCAUCAAAUGCGGACCGUAAACGUAAGGGCGUCGGCCUCAGCUUGUACAACUCUCUAUCGAUGCAGAAAUAUUUCCGAAAGAGAAAAAAUCUUAAAUCCAACCGCACAGGCUGGCCAAAAGUACAAAAGAAAAAGACUUCUGCGCGGCAACAACAAAUACUCGCACGCAAAAUUCGUUUUCUGCAAGACAUUGGUGAAUUGACAGGUAACGGUGUUAAGGAAGAGCCUGAAGACAACAAAGAAGAUGAAAAUGAACUGGAUAAUACUGUGCCGGUUAAAAGUAAAUGUGUGCAGAGGCGGCGUAGGAACGGGGUUAUUACACCACCUGAAAGUGAAGAUGAAGUGAAAGUGUACGAGAACGGUACAAUGCAGAAUGAAGGUGUAGAAGAUGAAGAUGCUGUCAUGGAUGAUGAUACGGAAUUGGAUGCAGGCGAUAGCAUACCGGAAGAGGAAGAUGAGGAAGACGACGAUGAUGACGACGAUGACAUUGAAGAUGACGGCGAAACGAUGGCGGACUCAAUCGAAGGAGAUGCAGCGCAAGCUGAACCCGACGCUGAUGCAGAUGCUGAUGCUGCAGUGGAGGCGGAUGAGGAGGAUGCAGAAGAAGCUGAGCUAGAAGCAGAUGCAGUGGGUACACCAGGUGAAGAUGAUGAAGACGAUGAUGAUGCGGGCGAUAAUAGCAAUUUCCCAACAACACGAAACCGCAUAUCUCGCCGCCAUACAAAUGCUACGCCGAUCGAAGAAGAAAAACUCGCAACAACAAACUCGUUAACAGCGCGCGGUUGCAACACCAAUAGCACCGGCGCCACAUCAACGCCAUCCACCCAAAUGCUACGUGGUAGCCUAAGGCGCACACCACAAUUGCUCAACGGCAGCCUUGGCAGCUGCAUAAGUCCAAGCGAAAAGGCUGGCGAUAACUCAGAUAUUUUCACGGUCUCCUCAGACGGACUCGAUACCGAUUUGGAUAUGAGUAAUUCACAGCAUAAGUGUGACGAUGAGCAUCUGCACCAUACUAACCAUCACCAUCAUCAUUCACAUCAUCACCAUACUCAGGAGCAAUGUGGUAAUCAUCAGACACCUAAACGUAAAUUCGACUUAUCGAAAUAUGCGCCGAAUAAUGCAACUUCCAGUAGCUGUGCAGCGGAAGCUGCCACUGCUGCCGUCAAGUCUCUGGCCAUUUCGCAGUUCCUUAAGAAGGAGGUGCGUGUCACAUGUAGGCGUUUGCGUGCGCCAUUUCGUCGCUACCGAUAUCGCAGAUAGAAAAAUCGGUGAUCAAAAAGUACUGCAACCUCAACCGAAGCCAAGCGUUGUCAGCCGACUGAAGCUAAUGGCAAACAGCUGGCCACAAUAGCGAAGGAGCAAGUGUGUUGUGUGGACACUUAUUAUGCAACUCAAACUCAAAACUGCAAUAUAAAAUAUGCUGAAGAUGAUUUGAGCUGGCAGAUACGCCCAUAAGGAAGAUCAUUAAAUAGCAUAUAUACACACACACACACACACCCAAUUAGUUGUACUUUGUAAUUGUAAAUUGUUAAGCGAAUCUUUGUGUUUUAGGGCAAAAUAUACAACAGCAACAACUACCAACUGUAAACCAUGAUAGAGAUGUGAAAAGUUUUUGGUGAUUGAAAAAGUAUAUAUUAUAUAUAAAGCAAAUGUAUGUAGUUUAAGCAUUGUCUGACUAAAAGUAUAACACACACAUACAUACAUGUUUAGGAAUUUUGUAAGAAAUCAAUUAAAGAAUGAGAAAACGCAAGUACGUUACUAAAUAAGUAAAGUACCACAAGCUUUCGCUGCCCCAUGCACUAGCCUCAAUUUCCACUAUGUACAGUAUAUGAUGUAGUUAAAGUUAGUGUUUAUUUUGUAUGUAAUGUUUCCUAAUAGAUUUUUUUUUAUUAUAAAACCAUUGCUAAAUAAUUUACCCUAUGAAUACAAAAUAUGUAUGAUCGUUUAAUUUUUCGUUAAAGAAAUAUGCUCGCUGAAGUAAAGAAUUUUGUUGAAUUUUAUUAAUUAAUUAGUUUUUUUCUACGCAUAAAUGAUGUAAUGUAAAAUUUAGUGUUUAAGUAGCAUAUUGUAAUCGUAUACGUUAAAACAGUGAAAUCCUAAAUGCAUUACUCGUAUGUAUGUAUGUGUUGCAGUGGAUUGAAGCGAAACAAAGAGAAAUACAAAUAAUUUUCAUAUAUUCUGUAAAAGAAAGUAAAAACCACAAAAACAAACAUCAAAUGAACUUAACU